GUUUAUAUAAUGGUCUCUAGUAAGACUGAAAACUAACUGUGUUUAUGAUGUUGUGACUGUCACAGCUCAACUGGUUAGUCACAGUUUAAGUUUGUGUUGUCGCUUAAAGUUUCUUAACAUGACGCGUUAGCUUAAAGCUCAAGCGUUUCGACUGUGAUGCUGCGUCGCGGCUUCAUCCCCUCGCUCGGGUCUCUAACAUUGUGUGUGUGUGUGUGUCCGUGUGUUCCCCGCCGUUUGUGUGAGUUUAUAAGAGUUGAGUUUGUUUGUGUGUCCCCGUUGUGUUACUGCGACUCCUCACCAGAGAUGGCCUCCGCACCUCAGUCCUCGUUUCAAAUGACCUCGGCGGAUCUGAUCCGGAAGGAGCCGCUGGAGUACGGGGGCUUCGGGGACGUGUACCUGUGCUACCACGUGACCCUGGGCCAGGUGGUGCUGAAGACCCUGUUCACGGGCAUCCUGCGCAACGAGGACAGCAAGAGGUCACUGCUUGAGGAGGGGCGCAUCAUGGCAAGUCUGAACCACGAGCGGGUGGUCAAGUUGCUGGGUGUGAUCAUGGAGGAUAGAGACUGCUCACUAGUCAUGGAACUCAUCCCCAGAGGCAACCUACUAGUCAUGCUUCAAACGGUCUCUGUACCAGUAUCCAUCAAAGGAAGAAUCAUUUUAGAGAUUUUGGAAGGGAUGGUGUACCUGACAGACAAACGUGUCAUACACAAGGACAUCAAGCCAGAUAACAUUUUAGUGGACAAGGAUUUUCACAUUAAGAUCGCGGACAUGGGCCUGGCCACCUGCCAGACAUGGAGCAAACUCACAAAGGAGGAGAUUCGCAAGAGGAGUCGUGUCAGCCAAAUGGCUGGGACAAGAGGUGCCGGCACCCUGACCUACAUGGCUCCUGAGCACCUGGAGAGUAUACACACUGCAUCCUCCGAGAAAUCUGAUGUCUACAGCUUUGCCAUCGUGGUUUGGGUCAUUCUCACAGGGGAAGAGCCAUAUGCAAAUGCCAGGAGCGAAGAGCACAUCAUCCAGUGUGUUCGUAAAGGUGACCGACCAGCAGGGGAACUUAUUCCAGAAGACACGCCUGCAGAAAUAAUUCAGUUCAUGAAGGAUUGCUGGAAUCACAAUCCAUUGCAGCGACCAACAUUUAAAGAGGGCUACAGCUACUUCCUUCCUUUCUACGAGGAAAAACUGGAACCACAUACAGAGGAAGAUCUACUUCAGCUGAGGACAUUAUACGAAGGCCCAGAUGAUCUUGUUGAGAAGAUGAAUUCGUUAUCACUGAACACUGAAUAUUUUUCAGCAGACUGCCCUGCUCCUUUGGUGAGUUCAGACAAAAGUGUAUCUGUGCCAGUUGAAGCCAGCAUUGAAGACCUGCGUGACAUCCAGAGCGAGCCAUCGGUGGGAUCUUUUCACACAGACGCCAGGGGAAAUAACACACCUUCAGCGUUGGAUGACAAACUGCAUCGGGAGCUUCUGUACCACAAACACGGCAGCUACAACUGUGAAAACCAGCUGGACCCUGGGAACUCCUUCCACCGCAACAGCUUCAAUCCCUUCCUGCCACACAACCACAGCACUUCAGAUCGCGAGGCAAUGCAACCAGAAGAAGACAAGCAGCCUGGGUCCUCUGUCCAUUCCUGGACGAAAGCUGAGCCAGAGCAGAGCACCAGCCAGCAGACGUGGUGUCGCCCCACAUCCGGUCUCUACCAGUCCAUGAACUCAACUGAAUCUGCUGCAACCUCAUUUCCAAUGUCCGCAAGCUCUCCCUCACUGGAUCAGCUCAACCAGCAACAGCCACAUUCCAACUUUAACCGCCAGAAGUCUUGCCCCGUUUACCCAGUGGCUGAUACAGCUGCUCCAGGGCGUCCCUUGCCACCAGAGCAAGGGUAUAUUUCCAUUAAUAAUGCCAGAGGGAUUCAGAUUGGAAACAGCAACGUGAUGAUGAUCAGAGGUUACGAGCCCGAUAGUUCAUUACCUGCAUCGACUAGCAGCUCGGCCUACUCUCUCAUCAAAGAAGGCCUUCAGAAAUAUGAGGACCAUGCCGUGACUGAGGAGCACCUGGAUCUGCUGCGGAGACACAUCGGGUCCAAAUGGAAGAAUUUCGCGCGGCAACUGUCUUUGACCAAUGUGGAAAUUGAGACCAUAGAGCACGACUACUCCCGCGACGGCCUGCCAGAGAUUGUGCACCAAAUGCUGGAGAGCUGGAGAAUGAAGGAGGGAAGUCCCGGCUGCACAAUUGGGAGGCUUUUUCAGGCUAUGUCAGGGAACGUAACGCCGGAUGUCAUGCAGAAAAUGCUGGACAUCUGCGGUUCGUCUUAGUCAAUCUCAUAGAGGGUUUUUUUCACCUGACAGAUUUGGCUCACGCCUUCAAAACGCUGGUCACCGUAUUGUCUGAACAAGCUCUCUUCAAAAACAAAAAAGUUGAUUUGUUUUUAUGCACCAAGUUGUUUGAGAUAUCCUGACAACCACAGAGCUCACUGAAACUCUCUUAAGAUUAAUUACCACUGUAUGGUAGUCACUCACUUUGAUGAAAUGAUCUUUGGACCUGAUUAUUGUUGCAUUUUAAAAGCUCAAAUUCUCUUUUCAAAUCAUCACAAUACUUUUUCUACCAAGCUUUAUCUUUAAGAGAUCAACAUAGGAAAGUAUUUUUUCCAAUCAUGGAAUCUCAAAAUCACUGUUCAUUUAGUAAUUUGCUAUGAAGUUAAAAGUUAAAAUACUAUACCCAAUUGUUUUUUAGUUUUUUUCUCAUUCAAAUGUCAGUUACAUGACAUGUAUUAAACCAAAGCAAGAAUUUUUACUAUAAAUACUGAUAUUUUUUAUUUUCAGUUGUUUGAAGUUGUUAUGGAAUAAACAAUGACUGUUGCCUUAACAGAACAUUGAAUCUAUAUCCAGGGACAAUCAGUGUAAUAAACUCCAUCUGUAUUCCAUCUAAUCCCAAACAUAAUGACUCAAUCACUGAACAGGUUAGGUCACUGAAUGUGAGGAAAGCUGAAAACAUUAGUUGUUAUUGAAUAAGCUGAUGCAAAUUGUAAAAAAGGAUAAAAAUGUCUCAGUGCAGUGUUCCAGAAAUCCAUGUGUAUUAUUGUUGUAAUGCUUGCCUACAGUAGGGGGCAGUCCUGCUGUAGAUUAUGUGCUGCCAUGAAUGUAUUUCCCCAGAUUGUCAGCUGGUCAGCUACUUGUUUUCAGUGUCAUUAGCGAGUUGCUACACUUACGAGAUACUUUCCUCACCAACCUUUCAUUUUAUAAUGGAUUUGUGAUCAUGUCUUGUCCUUUGUUUUUACUGGUCCUCGGUGUUGAUGUAGCCCGCUACACAAUACUAGACAAAAAAAAAUAAACACACUAUUUUCCCAUCCAUAUCGUCACAGAUUUAACCAAACCUGGAUUCACUGGAAAAAAAAAUAUUUUAAAUAAACUGUGUACAUAUGUUCCUAAA